UUUACGUUAUACAGAAAAGCCACGACGAUAAGCUAUCUAGUGUUAGCCGCCUUUUUGUUGGAAGACAAUUGUCGUAUCAGCAGCGCAAGUACUUCUAUAAAAUAGAAGCCGUCGAGAUAUACUCUGGCUUCCCGCACUUAUUCAGAGAUCUGUACAAAAAAAUGGCCGGUCUUGGCCAAGUUGUCAUUUUGGUCCUUGGACUCACGCUUCUUUACUUCGUUCAGUCUUCAUCGGCUCAGUACUAUCAAAAUACAGAUUUGGAGAACUUUUGCAAUGGCAAUCUGACGUUAGAGUGCCCGUAUAAUAAUACUGGCAGAGCUGGCACAUUCCGCUAUUACUGUAUCAGUUGGUUACCUCGAGGAGUAUGUUACUUCAACGUUACUUUGGCUCCCAACUGCGGGAACGAUGAGGAUUUGUUUGCGUUUUAUUUUAAUAUCCGAAAGCUUAAUCUGCCCUCCCGUGAUUAUAUAAAAAUUUACCAAACUGUUGGUGCUGGUCAGUGGCCUCUGAAGGAUUUAAACGGCUCCCAACCCGCACUCUCCAACCCUUCAUCGGUAGCACAAGCAUCGACCCUCACGUACAGAAGACAGCCAUCCAUCAUGUUCGAGUAUUUCCGCAGCUCAUCUCCUGUCAGCGGUGCUCACGAUGCGAUUAUCGACUUUGUUAUCUAUGAAAGUAAUUUUUAUCCACACAACACUUGGUGCUUCGCGUUCCAAGGUAAUGUAACAAUAUCCACGUUUGUGAUACGGACGGAUCGGCGGAUCGCGUCAACUGUCCAACGGGUUCUAAUUCCAUUUUUGCGGAUGGACUCAACCCGGCACAAGGGCGGCAGUGUACAAAUAUUACCCAGCCAACGACAUCCACAUGGACUAGGAAUACAACGAAUUUUCAACCAACUGUGACCGCCGCUCCAGUGCGCACGACGACCUUCCAGCCCUCCGUCACCGCCGCUCCAGGUGAAGUCCCGUCGUAUCUGAUCAAUCUGUUGAACAUCACGUGCCGUCUUGGACGGGUGAAACUUCCGGAACCUGAUUUGGAUCUGGUGGACGCGGUGACGACCGUGUUCGACGGCGACAACACCCCCCUCAACUGCCGCGUGAUACUCCACGAUCUGCAUUCAUGGAUUGUCGGGAAAACCGGCGAGACGCGACGGAAACGAGCAUCGUUUUAUGAGCCGAUAAAAGUGGAGUGUACACGGGGAAAUUUGACCGUCUCCAAUGUGGACCCCGGCACAUCUGAAUCAACCGGUUUAGCCAUCCGUACCGGUGCUUCCAAAUAUUGUAUCGACACUUAUAGAGAAUUCUUGGAAUAUGUGACUGGUUUUGUGGGAAAUCGGGUUGGGUAGUCUGUUGAUGUUCCCGAUUUCUCCGGUUUGGAGUGAACGCGUUCAGAAUGCCCUUUCUAAUUCUAUUCGGUACUUCGAAAUUUUUGACUUCUGAUCGGUUAAUGUACUUCCAAAAUACUCGACAAUUGUUCGUUUAUUGUUUGCACUGCGAAUAACUGCUAGUUUGCUCGUAUCUGAGCCAUGUGACGUAAAAAUGUAUGGAGAUUAUGGAAGCAGAAUUUAAUUCUCCAG